AUGUCUGUCAAGUGCUCUGCUUACCCCACACCGGACCCCCAGCGUCAUAGCUCCCUCACUUAUCGCAGUGGAACCACCUGCCUGCGUCCCUGCCAGUCUCCGUCGUUUUCGUUCUCAACACCCUUGGACAACCGUGAGCAGAGCUUUGAACCAUCAAGUCAACUACCUCCUAUGCGUUUACGAGUGCGCGGGCCUUCGGGCCAGUCAACGGUCACUCUGGACGAUUCGGCCACCGUCCAGGACCUACGAGGACAGAUCGCGGAGAAGACAGGCCUCCCCUCUUUCGAUGUUAAAUAUGGAUAUCCAGACCUCAAGCCGUUGGAUCUCGACCGUUUUCAACCCAACCAACUCUUAUCCGACACGGGCAUCAACCUGAAUGGGGAGCAGCUUAUCGUCGCACAGCGAGACUCUGGCGCAUCUUCUAGCGAGACCCUUGCCCAGCCCAGUGGCUCUACCUCCCAGCAACAACCACCGCUACAACCCCGACCACAGCCUUCGUCUACAAUGUCGCAACAGCCAGAGAAAACCGCCGACGAUCCGCCGGAGAUUGCCUCCCCCGAACACGGCGGCACUUUCGUGUUGCGUGUCAUGCCGGACGAUAACUCCUGUCUGUUCCGCGCGGUAGGAGCCGCGGUCAUGGGCAAUAUGGAUACCAUGGUCGAGCUACGAUCGAUCGUCGCAGGCGCCAUUCAGUCGAAUCCGACAGAAUACACUGCGGCGAUUUUGGGCAAGAAGCCGGAUGAGUAUUGCCAAUGGAUUCAGAACGAAGACUCUUGGGGCGGAGCCAUCGAACUCAAGAUUAUCAGCGAGUACUUCAACAUCGAGAUCUGUUCCAUCGAUGUGCAGACGCUUCAUGUUUUCCAGUUCAACGAGGGAGCCCCGACCCGGUGUAUCGUUGUGUACUCGGGUAUUCAUUACGAUGUGCUUGCACUCUGUCCCUCGGAUCCCCCUUAUACACAUGCCAACUUGUUUGCGCCGAAUGACACCAAAAUCUUUGAUGCUGCCGAUCCCGUUGUACUGAAAAAGGCUAAGGAGAUGUGUCGUGUCUUGCAGAACAAACACUAUUAUACAGAUACAGCGGGGUUUUUGGUGCGCUGCAAUACUUGCGGAGGCACCUUUACUGGAGAGAAGGGGGCCACGAAACAUGCGGCAGAGACUGGUCAUUACGACUUUGGAGAAGCGGCUUGA